CUUCACUUCAUUAAUGCAGGGCCAAUUGUGUUGCUCACUAGCUAUCAGUUCUGUAGCAAAUGGUGGGCGAGCUGCUGGGCCUAUGUCAACUUGCUCCUGACUUCUGUGCCUGCACAUUGCAAUGCAGUUUUUAGUAACAAACAGGAGGUCAUACUGAAACAUCCAACCUCCUGUUCUGCCACUGGACUGGGCAUUGAAGCAAGGCUGGCAAUUAGUUAUGUUGACUGGAGGGGCCAGGUACCCUUCACAUCUGACCCCUCAGCUUUAUACUGGUUAUGGCAGGUGUAAAUAGUAUGACCCUAUUUGCUUCAAUAGGAAUGCAGACCUGGAUUGAAAAAUCAAGUAUAGGUACAUUUAAGAAUGGUUAAAAAUGCCAGUGACAGCAGUGAGCCAGGGGAAUAGCACAGUGGGACUGAGGAGGAGAAUCUAUUGAUGCUAAAUCCACGGGUGAAGACAUGUGCCUCCCUUCGAUCGACAGCAACAACCAAGAUAGACAAAGCUCAUUGGAAACGGAAUGCUGCAAAGAACUACUCUAGCUAUGAGAAGCUGGAGAAUAAUUUUGAUGACAUCAAACACACCACUCUCAGUGAGCGAGGAGCACUUCGUGAAGCAAUGAGAUGUCUGAAGUGUGCUGAUGCUCCUUGUCAGAAGAGCUGUCCAACUAAUCUGGACAUAAAGUCAUUUAUCACCAGCAUUGCAAACAAGAACUACUAUGGUGCUGCCAAAAGCAUUCUGUCUGACAAUCCCCUCGGUCUAACUUGUGGGAUGGUAUGUCCAACAUCAGACCUCUGUGUGGGAGGAUGCAAUUUACAUGCAUCUGAAGAAGGAGCUAUUAACAUAGGUGGUCUGCAGCAGUUUGCCACAGAGGUGUUCAAAGAAAUGAAAAUUCCUCAGGUUCGGAAUCCAUCACUUCCACCUCCCGAAGAAUUACCCAAAAGCUUCCAUCCUAAAAUCGCCCUGAUUGGAUGUGGACCUGCCAGCAUCAGUUGUGCAUCCUUUUUGGCUCGAUUGGGCUAUUCGGACAUCACAAUAUUUGAAAAGGAGGAAUACAUUGGAGGUUUGAGUACUUCUGAGAUCCCUCAGUUCAGAUUGCCUUAUGAUGUUGUCAAGUUUGAAAUCAAGCUGAUGAAAGACCUUGGAGUGAAGAUUGUCCAUGGUAAAGGUCUGGGAAUUGAGGGAAUGACUCUGGAGACCUUAAAGGAAGAUGGUUACAAAACGGUCUUCAUUGGUAUAGGUUUACCAGAGCCAAAGAGAGAUCUCAUCUUUGAAGGCUUAACAGUGGAACAUGGCUUCUACACAUCUAAGGAAUUCUUGCCCCUUGUUGCAAAAGCCAGCAAAACAGGACUGUGUGCCUGUCGGUCUGGUCUGCCAUCUCUGCAAGGCACAGUCAUUGUACUUGGUGCUGGAGACACUGCCUUUGACUGUGCAACAUCUGCACUACGCUGUGGAGCUCACCGUGUGUUUGUGGUUUUUAGAAAAGGAUUUACCAAUAUCAGGGCUGUCCCAGAGGAGGUGGAACUAGCAAAACAAGAGAAGUGUGAGUUUUUGCCUUACAUGUCACCAAGAAGAAUUAUUCUGAAAGGUCAGCGCAUUUCUGCAAUUGAGUUUGUUCAUACAGAGCAGAAUGACGCUGGGGAUUGGAUUGAAGAUGAGGACCAAGUUAUUCGCUUAAAAGCAAAUGUUGUCAUCAGUGCUUUUGGCUCCAUCCUCUCCAAUUCCUCAGUGAAAAAAGCCAUGGCGAAUAUCAAGUUUAACAGAUGGGGCUUCUUAGAUAUUGAUACAGAGACCAUGCAGACAAAUGAGCCCUGGGUCUUCGCAGGUGGAGACAUCGCAGGUUUGGCUAACACUACUGUUGAGUCUGUGAAUGAUGGGAAGCAGGCAUCAUGGCACAUUCACAAAUAUUUACAGUCAUUACAUGGUUGUCUGGUGACUGGAGAUCCUGAACUACCUCUUUUCUACACACCUAUUGAUCUCGUAGACAUUAGUGUGGAGGUAGCUGGGUUGAAAUUUCCAAAUCCGUUUGGCUUAGCCAGUGCCGCACCAACAACUAACUCUGCAAUGAUUCGAAGAGCUUUUAAGGCAGGAUGGGCCUUUGCUCUGACUAAAACGUUCUCUCUUGAUAAGGAUAUUGUGACCAAUGUUUCUCCAAGAAUUAUACGUGGAAUGACUUCUGGCCCAAUCUAUGGCCCUGGACAGAGUUCUUUUCUUAACAUAGAACUCAUCAGUGAGAAAACAUGUGCAUAUUGGUGCAAAAGCAUUACUGAAUUAAAGGCUGAUUUUCCAAAUAACAUCAUCAUCGCCAGCCUCAUGUGCACGUACAACAAGAACGAUUGGACAGAGCUUGCAAAAAUGGCAGAGGAUUCUGGUGCAGAUGCCUUGGAAUUAAACUUGUCUUGCCCUCAUGGCAUGGGAGAAAGAGGAAUGGGCCUAGCCUGUGGACAGGAUCCAAAGCUGGUGCAAAACAUCUGCCGCUGGGUACGACAAGCUGUUAAGAUUCCGUUCUUUGCCAAGUUGACCCCGAACGUCACCGACAUUGUAAACGUAGCGAUGGCAGCUCAGGAAGGUGGUGCAGAUGGUGUUACAGCAAUCAACACAGUCUCUGGGCUGAUAGGGGUACUUGCAGAUGGUACACCUGUGCCUGCCGUUGGUAGAGACAAGCGAACCACAUAUGGUGGUGUGUCUGGGAAUGCAGUGAGGCCAACAGCUUUAAAAGCGGUAUCUAGCAUUGGUCAGGCGAUACCAGGAUUUCCAGUCCUCGCUGCUGGAGGGAUCGAUUCAGCUGAGGCAGGACUACAGUUUCUGCAUUGUGGUGCUUCUCUAUUGCAGGUGUGCAGUGCAGUUCAGAACCAGGACUUCACGUUAAUUGAUGACUAUUGCACAGGAUUGAAAGCAUUGUUGUAUUUAAAAAGCAUUGAGGAACUGCAAAAUUGGGAUGGACAGAGCCCUCCAACAAUGUCUCAUCAGAAAGGAAAACCGGUCCCCAAAAUUUCUGGUAUAUUUGGACAGCAGCUGCCCAAUUUUGGUCCUUACCUGGAACAGCGUAAGAAAAUUAUAGCUGAGCAAAAACUCAAGCAGAAAGAGUUGAAUGAAGUGGUGCAGGAGGGUGAUGAAGGACCAUACACAGUCAAGAAACCCAUUCCAAGAGUCCAGGAAAUAAUUGGCAGAACUCUGUCACAUAUCGGAGCCUAUGGAGUGCUGAGUAACAAGGAGCAUGUGGUAGCUUUGAUUGAUGAGGAAAUGUGCAUUAACUGUGGCAAAUGCUACCUGACUUGUAAUGACUCUGGUUAUCAGGCCAUAACCUUUGACCCUGAGACGCACCUUCCUCGAGUGACUGCAAACUGCACAGGUUGCACUCUUUGCUAUAGUGUCUGCCCUAUCAUUGAUUGCAUUAAAAUGAUUCCCCGUUUAACAGCUUAUGAGCCUAAUAGAGGUAUUCCUCUAGCAGUCUAACAAGUUUGUUGAGUUGACAUGGUCCAGCAGGGAAAUAUGACUUAAUAUCCAUACCUCCCCAUAAGUAUUGAUUUAGUCAUUCAUGUUAUAACAUGACAAACCACUGUUAUUCCUAAAGCAUUGAUUUUAUCUUACCAAACCAAGUUACAGUGCUCUUGUGCUCUCCAAUUAGAGAAAACCAUUAGAAGAAAAGCUUCUACAUUAUAUUAAAAAAACUGCUUUAUUAAGCAGUAAACAAUAGAAUUGAGGUCAACCAUAUAAUAAGACAAUGGCAAUUGGGUUACAAUCUACAUGCUCACAAGUAUAAUUUAUAUUGAAAUGAUAUUUAUCAACAAUAUGCUUUCACUAUGUUAUUGGUUUCUAAGGUCUACCGGCAACAGAAAAGUUGAAAUUGAGUACCCACUAUUAGAUUAUUAGAAAGUUAUUUCAUUAAUAAACAUCUUAUUUUAUGUAGAAGAACAGAGACAGUCUCAAUCUAUUAAAUAACUGAAAUCUACAUUCACUUUUCAAUGUGAUAUAUAUUUCUGCAGUAAUAUUCUAUUAUACUGAUAAUGUCUGCCUUGAGUACCCUUGUGGAACUUACAGUUGCCAUUUAACUCAACAAGAUCUAUAGAACCUGCUGUUUUCUGCCAAUAUCAUUAAUUCACAUAAUUUGAUUCAGAUCCCACAUUUUUGUAACUCUAUCAUGAAACCAAUUACUGGAAAAGGAGGAUGGUAAAAUGCUAGAGAAAACUAAAGUUUUAUUUUAAUCUGAUUUGUAUCUUAGUUUCUAAAUCAAUAGGUGUAAGUACAAGGGAGAUAAUGUUUUAUAAUGAAUAACUUUAUAAACAAAUAAUUUCUUCAAUAGUUUAGUAAUUUAACCCAUGUUAAAAGUGAUUAAUUUACACCUCAGCCUUUACAAAGUACAGGAUGUGACAAUUUUUAUUUCAUUUAUUUCAUUUUUGUUUCUGAUUUUAACGUAGAAUCUAUUUUGCUGACUCUAAUAAUAAUUAUAAAUGCAAAUUAAAUUGAAUUAAUUGUUUAAGCAGGUCACAUGGAGAUGGAGAUAUUUUGCAUUAUCAUGAUAGCUGUUAUCUCUAUCUUAUAAACUGGCAUCCUUCAACAUAUUUUUGUACAAUACACACUGUUAGAGAUAUGGUGUUGUGCACCUUCAGAGUUUCUAAAUAGCUUAUAGCAAUGUAGUUAAACAUCAUAUAAUCUUUGAUCUUCUUUAAAAAAAAGAUCUCAAUGAAAAUUUGGUUUUGUAAUUGAAAUCAGGGGUAAGUGAAUUGUGGAAUCAACAACUGUUGAAAGCAACCAAUCAAGGAAGAAUGAUUUGGAUUGCAAUGCUAAAUUUUUAGUAUUAA